AUGGAGCUCUCGCCACUUUUCGAUUCUCCUCCCUGCGGCGUCACUCAGAGCGACACGCCUACUUGUUGCCCAGACUGCCGCGAUGUCCCCGAAUCUGACAUCAACUCCACUCGCUCGAGUUGGCUGUGUCCAUGUGACAGCGGCUGCGACCACCACCAGAGGCUCUGCAAGCAGAGGCAUUCGGCGAGGACUGUGAUCCGCCUCGCGAGCCUGCAGUACGAGCUCGCCAUGGUCUUCAGGUCUGAGACGAUGCCAGGGGUCGUCGAGGACUACAUGAACGUACACCCCUCGGCAGGGUUCUUCAAGGACAAGCUACCUGCACGCAUACUGAACUGGCGAAGUGUCGAGCGACCGGCUGCCGAGGACCCGCCCAUUCCAGCUCACCUGCCGGAGCAGGUCAGGUUGCAGGCAGGCAGUGUUGAGAACUGCAUCAACGCAAUCUCGACAACAAGCCCCGCUUUGGCGUACUGGACAGAGGGCAUGGCCCUGAAGAUCCAAGAAGCUCACGUCAUCCCCAACCCGGUCAAGCAUAUAGUCCUGCAGCACGUGGAUGAGGACGAGUUCCAACGACCAGCCGACCUUCACACCAUCAUUGUCAUCUCACCAGACAAUGACAACAAAGAGGAUACAAAUUCGACUUGGGGACAGGGGUGCACGCUGGGAGAGAUCUGGGGCGACGAGGGGCGAGUCUUCGACGCCACACACCCGCAGUACGACUUCGACAUCAACUGCCAGAAGACAUCUGACUACGUCUGGUACAAGGUCAUGCCAGAGCAGAAGGGGCAUUUUGUCACCCCUUUCGGCCGCUGCCUGCGAAUGCAUGAGGAAGACCGGGACAAGUCUCCAAACGUCAUCACAAGAGCCAAUGCCCUCUCUCGGGAGUUGGGAAUACGGGCGUUGAACAAGGCUGUGUACUGUGAGACGGAGAGACUGGGUGGUCGCCAGAACCUCUUCGAGACCUGCAGUCACGAAGUGUUUUUGCAGAACCAGCGUCAGCUUGUGGACGCCGUUCGUGAGGAGACGAGAAAGGCACGGGCAACAGUGGACGAGGUGGCGUUCAGGUAUGGGUCUGUGGAUCAAAUAGAGGCAGCUCUACGACUGUUGCUGGAGAAGCACGAGAGCGAGGAGCAUCAGAUACUCAUGGCGGCGUUCGAGAAGAGGCAGAGGGAGGCUAAAUGA